GGCAGAUACAAUAUAACUUCAUUCACUGUAGAUAAUACCACUGCAUUAUCAACUACCAUACUCCAUACCCAUACAUACACUAUACUAACCACAGCCCUAUGCAUAACAUGCAUAAAUAGCAUAACCUAAUCCACAUGGCACAACUCACUUUGUAUACACCCAACACUCCAGAAACACCACAACUCGAAAACACAACGAUGUUACGCCUCCUCCAACAACCCCUCAAAUCCAAACCCACCCCCACCCCCCUCUACACCCUCUACCUCCCCUGCACCACCAAACCCAACGCCCGCCGCCCAUUCCCAUCCAACGCCAGCGGCAUGGUCACCGGCGUGCGCGACGACGACAAAGUCGACGUGAGCGUUUCCGCGCCCGCGAGAGACGGCGAGGCGAAUACUGCUGUUAUGAGGGUUUUUGCCAAGGUAUUCAAUACAGCGCCGUCGAAUGUAGAGGUGAUUCGCGGGGAGAAGAGCCGGGAGAAGGUGCUGAGGAUUCAGGAUUUGGUGUUGGAUUUUGUUAAAAGGGAGGCAGGGGAGGGGGAGCGGAUAGAGGAGGGUUUACGGAUUGUUAGGGAGAGGCUGAGGGAGAAUUGUUUGUAGAUGUUGUACAAGUAUGUAGUAGGCGUAUGCGGUGGUAUUUUUGAUACGCGUGACAUCACCGAAAUUUUCAUCGUAUUCUCAAC